UAUAGUGCAGCUUUCGAAAUAUUUUUGCAGAUAAAUUACCUUAAUUACAGUACAGAUACUACUUUGAAGGAAUUACGCGAGAAACGUGGUUACACGUAUGAGGAUGAAAUAACAUGCUCCAAAGAGUGUUUACCAAAUUAUGAAGAAAAGUUGAAAAAUUUCUUCACUGAGCAUCUUCAUACCGAUGAAGAGAUACGUUUAAUUCUGGAUGGAUCAGGUUACUUCGAUGUACGAGAUAAGGAUGAUCAUUGGAUUCGAAUUGAAGUCAUGGCCGGCGAUCUAAUAAUUAUACCUAGUGGGAUUUAUCACCGAUUCACUUUGGAUACUAAUAAUUACAUAAAAGCGAAAAGAUACUUUGUGGGAGAGCCAGUUUGGUUGCCAUACAAUAGACCAGCUGAUCACAUGGAAUGUCGCAAAAAAUACCUCAAACAGUUGCAGAAAGGAUUUUAAGUCUUCCCUUUAAGAACUCUGUAUUAAUGUUAUAUACACUUCCAUAAAAAUAUAUUUCUUAUAUCUAA